AUGUCUGAGCUCCAGAAUUUGAAGUCUCACAUCCCGAAACAUGUGUCGAGAGCAUGUUUGGAGUGCAGAUCAAGGCAUUUGAAGUGUGGCGGUCAGGAACCUAUCUGUGACCGUUGCCGAAAACACAACAGAACUUGUACCUACGUAAAGAGCCAUAGAGGAGGCUCAAGAAAGAAAGGAGUUUCCUUCAAAAGUAAACUCAAUGCGCUCACCGGUAAUGAUGGCGAGGUGGGCCUGGACAUCGAUAACGAAUAUGAGAACGAAUAUGAGAACGAAGAACACGACAAUAAUCUUGAAACCAAUUAUACCGAUGAAACCGAACUCAGCAACAACUCCGAACACGACAAAAAGUCUCUGUCAAAUAGCAGUGAAAACCUGACUUUAGUGGACGGAAUGAAAAAGUCUCCCAAACAUAGACGUUCUAGUUCCAGCUCAAGAAAUCUCAAAAGAGAUAUAAAACGUCCUUCUGUAUGGAAUCAUAAAUCUGACAUACUACCAUGUGUUAAAAAUGGUAUGGGCCAUUUGGCAGACCACCCCAACUGUACGGAGGAAUGCCUGCAGGGUGAAAAGUACAAUAAUAUACCCGAAUGUAUGAAACCAAGCAGCUCCGGUAGUAGUGGAUCGAACAAAACUUCUAGCAAGAUUAACUUUCAUCCAGUAUUCAAUGGCUCGAAAGACGAUGAUCCGAUCAAUUUGAUUUUUGAUGAUACAAAAUUGGCUCCUUCAUUGGACGCAUGUUACAUAUCUCCCUCCCUAACAAAAGAUUUGAAUAUCGAAUCCAUUGUCUCUUCGUUUUACAACUGUUUCUAUAGAUCACAUCCAUUCUUACCACCAAGGCAGCAUAUUCUUCCAUAUCUUGAAGCUAUUCCUUUUAAAACCGAUCUUUUGUUGGUGAUGAAAAUAAUGGGAGAGGGCCAGACAACUAGCAAAUAUGCGAGAGAUAUUGAGACUGUCAACUAUCUUGUAAUUUCAAUACUCAAAUAUGUAAGACAGAUUGGAAAAGAUUUUAUUACAUUACAGACCCUUCUAUUGUUAGCCAUGAUCUCACAUAUCUCAUCACUUCAUGACCUUUCCACUACCAUUCGAGAAGCAACAAUUUCCCUAGCUUUUGAAAUGAAAUUAAAUUACAUAGACGAAGCAAAUGUUCCUCCGGUAUUUCUAGACGUCAAUGGCUUUUUGUCCGAGAGAGACGAAAAAAGUAUUAAUGCACAUUCUCUAAACACCCCAACAGAUUCUGAUACUAAAACGACGCUGGAUUCAUUGUUUGGCGCAAAAAGAGUGGCGUCUAUACCGCACGAUAUUUUAGUUGAUACGAUGAGAAGAACGUUUUGGGAACUAUAUUAUUUUGACUCUAUUUCGGGAACUGCCUCUGGCCAUACAAAGUCACGUCUUGCCACCAAACAUUGCCUCGUGCUAUAUCCAACUUCGGUUUCAUUGAAUGUGUUUGACUAUAAGUCUCGUGCGGAAGCUUGCAAACUAGUCAACGAUGCAAUCUCGUUGAAUAUCGCAAUUCAAUCUCAUGAAGAUAGUCUACCUUACUUGAACCACAUGCGAGCUGCUUUGGGAAAUUGGGAAAUGAAACUAUCAAAUCCAGACACUUAUGCCAUGCCUUAUUUGAUAAAUAAGCACGGUGACGUCAACGAUGGUGUUUUUGAAGCUAUAAUGCUUUUGAACUAUGCUAGGAUUUUCACGCACAGGCCCUUCUCUUAUCUUUGGAGAGCAGAUGUUUCUAAACACCCAAGAUGUACAGAUGAAGAGGGAGUUGAUGAUCCUUGUCCGCCGUUGAAUAAUAAGGAGUCCCAGAAUGCUACAGAUUCAAGAAAAAUAAUAGAAACGAAAAAGACCAUUGAUUCCGCUAACUAUCUAAUGAAAACCUUACUUGACACAGAUCCGGGGCAAACAUGCAAGAGAACCCCAUUUUUAGCGUGUGCUUUAGCAUUUUCGUGUCUUGUUCAUUUGAGUGCAUACGCUUGGGUUGAAUCUAAUCUGACUAUGCUUGAUUCCUUAGACGAAAAUUCUAAACAAAUUUCGGCAUCCGAACUUGAUACAUAUACCGAAUACAUCAAGCUAGAAAUUGGGUCCACUUUACAGAUUUCUCGUCAUUGGUCAUUAUCCGCAAAAUUGAUAACCCACAUAUCUGAAACUUUAUCCCGCGUAAGUCCAAAAUUAUUCAAGAAAGUACAGACUGAUAUCCUCGGCUUGGGAUUUAAUAUCCAAACUGCUUCUUCGACUGCACUCUCCAAAUCUGAGUCAACUACUCCAUCGCAAACACUAAAGUCGGAAACGCCCGACUCGAAUAGUUUUACUAGUAGACAAUAUAAUAAGACAAUUGUUUCAGAUGCUGCAAGAAAUAUAAAGUCACUACCGCUAGCAGAAGGUUCUUCAUCAAAAAUUGAAGAGCGGACUUAUCCAAACGCUCUUCCAAACUAUAUGUUACUUGAAGGGACACAGCAACGAACAGCAAAUAACCAGUACAAAUCUCAGUCAUUUAAUAGUGACAGCCAAGUACAAUUUUCCUUGCCACAGCCACAACCACAAACCGCACCUUUCCAAAAUAUUCCUCUAAACCCACCGGAGCAACUAUCAUCAUCAUCACAUUACAACAGUAAUGAAAACAGCAACAAUAAUAAUGGCAGUGCAGGCUCUUUGGAUCAUAAUGCAAAUACUAAUGAUGUGAAAAGCAACACAUUUAUGCUAGAAUUCAAUGACCUCGUAAGCAGCAUGAACAAUAUACAGUCAAACCCUGUUGAUGACACUGGCACGGUUAUGGGAUUUCCUAGUGAAGCACAGGACUAUGGCUUCUUAGAUCCUUUGAGUCCGUCAAGUGACACCGGCUGUGAUUGGGUCGAUAAGCACGUCUUUCAAUUUGACUCAAUGCCCAUGGCCAAUGAAGGAUGA